GAAGGAAGAAUGGAAGGGCCACGGGCACUGUCUGCCUCUGCCCCUGUCCGCAGAAGCCCUUGUGAAACUGACCUCAGCCAUGAUGAGAGGGCAGACCGAAGCCAGGACAGCACCGCUGUGGCCCUGUCAGACUCCAGCUCGACACAGGACUUCUUUAAUGAGCCCACAAGUUUGCUGGAGGGUUCUCGAAAGCCCUUUGCAGAGAAGAGGCUAUCUGGACUCAGUGCUCCAGCAGGACCAACUGGUAAAGAUCUUCCAGGGCCCACAGAGGAAAGAGGAAAAAUUGAGGAGUCCUUGGAGAGCACAGAGGCCUUCCGGGUUGUAGAUCAAGGCAUCCAGAAGCCUGUGGCAGAUUCCUCAGCCUCUGCUUACAUCCUCAGCAAGCCCCCGGUGUCCACACCUUCCUCGUGGGAUGGGAAGAAGAGGGGUGACCUCCCAGGGGAGCCGGUGGCUUUUCCCCAGGGACUCCCAGCAGGCGCUGAGGAGCAGCGCCAGUUCCUCACAGAGCAAUGCAUCUCCUCCUUCUGCCUUUGCUUGAGCCGCUUCCCACAGCACUACAAGAGUCUCUACCGCCUGGCCUUUCUCUACACCUACAGCAAGACUCACCGGAACCUCCAGUGGGCCCGUGAUGUGUUGCUAGGCAGCAGUAUCCCAUGGCAACAACUGCAGCACAUGCCGGCACAGGGGCUCUUCUGCGAGAGGAACAAGACCAAUUUCUUCAACGGCAUCUGGCGGAUCCCCGUGGAUGAGAUUGACCGGCCAGGCAGCUUUGCCUGGCACAUGAACCGCUCCAUCGUGCUGCUCCUCAAGGUUCUAGCCCAGCUCCGGGACCAUAGCACCUUGUUGAAGGUGUCUUCCAUGCUGCAGCGGACACCAGACCAGGGCAAGAAAUACCUGCGAGAUGCUGACCGCCAGGUCCUGGCCCAGCGGGCUUUCAUUCUCACUGUGAAAGUGCUGGAGGACACACUGAGUGAGCUUGCAGAGGGGUUAGAACACCCAGGACCCAAGGGCUGUGGCCACUCCGGAGCCAGGAUGACCACCGAUGUCUCACACAAAGCCAGUCCCGAGGAUGGCCAGGAAAGCCUCCCCCAACCCAAGAAGCUACCUCUAGCUGAUGGCUCAGGACCAGGGCCUGAGCCAGGGGGCAGAGUGGGCCCUCUCAGCCAAUUGCCAGUGGCCACAGACACAAGGGACAGCACAGACCAGGGUGGGGAGCGGAAAGACAAAGAGAGUCCCCAGGCAGGGCCCACUGAACCCAUGGACACCAUUGAGGCUACUGUUCACCACCCAGACUUGGAACAGACUUCACCUCUGCUUCCAGGGCGUCCCCCAAGGGACAGGGGCCCUGAGAGCCGGUCCGCUGAGCUUUCUCUAGAGGAACUGAGCAUCAGUACCCGACAACAACCCACUCCACUUACACCAACCCCUGCAACGCCCACCACCACUGCUACUCCCCCCACUACGGGAACCAGGGGAGUUGGCCACCCUGAGGAAGCACCUCCAAGGCCUAAUCGCAAAAGGAAACUCCUGGAGGAUACAGAGUCUGGCAAGACUCUCCUGCUGGAUGCCUAUCGAGUGUGGCAGCAGGGCCAGAAGAGCAUGGCCUAUGACCUGGGCCGCAUUGAGAAGAUCAUGUCGGAGACUUACAUGCUCAUCAAGCAGGUGGACGAGGAGACUGCACUGGAGCAGGCUGUGAAGUUCUGUCAGGUUCACCUUGGGGCUGCUACCCAGAGACAGGCCUCAGGAGACGCACCCACCACCCCCAAGCACCCCAAGGACAGUAGAGAGAACUUUUUCCCUGCCACAGUAGCCCCCACAGCACCUGACCCCUUGCCAGCUGAUGCCCUCCAGCGGCCCAGUGACUCCCACCUCAAGCCUCAGACUGUAUUGUCUUCUGCCACCGUUGUCAUCGGUUGCCCUCCCUCCACAUCAGCCUCUACCCCAGACCUGUCCGCAGAUCCUGGAAUUCUGCGGCCACACAGACCAGAGGCUACCACCAGCAUGGCCUCUCUGAGUCCUGAGAUAGAAGAGCAGCUGUCAGGAACAACAGAAGGUACCAGCUUUCCACCCCAAGAGCCACGGCACCAGAUGAAAAUGACUGCCACAGGUCCCCUGACUGAGCAGCACUGCUGGCCAGUGGAGGCUGCUUGCCAGACAGGUGCUGAGCCCACCUGCAGCCAAGCCACCAGCACUAAGGUCCCCAGCAGCGGAAGUACCCAGUCACCGGAGAGCCAUCAAGGCAAGACUGAGUCCAGCAGGGCCAAAUCCCGCCUCCUGUCCAACAUGCCAAAGUUGGUGAUCCCUUCAGCCACCACCAAGUUUCCCCCUGAGAUCACCGUCACACCACCUACCCCGACCCUGCUUUCCCCUAAAGGCAGCAUCUCGGAGGAGACCAAGCAGAAGCUGAAGUCAGCCAUCCUCUCCGCCCAGUCAGCUGCCAACGUGAGGAAGGAGAGCCUGUGCCAGCCAGCCCUGGAGGUUCUGGAGACAUCCAGCCAGGAGUCCUCAUUGGAGAGUGAGACAGACGAGGAUGACGACUAUAUGGACAUAUGAGGGGGCCACCUAGAGCCCCUACGGCCAUACCCAGAGCAACAGCUAGGCCUGGAAUCCCUUUGGUCCAGACCCUGAGCAAGGCCAGAAGCCCAUGUGAGGUACCUUUUCCCAUGGUCUCCUAAGCCUGCCCGGCUCCCUCUUUACAGCAUCCUGCCCUGGUUGAGGCUGUCCGCCCAGUGUAUUGGUCCAAAGGAAGAUGAGAGCUAUCUUAGGCACAUGAGGAUGAACUGGUUGUGGUCUACACAGCAGGGCUGGCACUUUUUUGUUUUGUUUUAUGAAUACUGACUUUCUGUACAAACAGACUAACGUGGGUUCUGGUGGCAGCAUCAAGAGUCUAGCUCACCCCAUACCCUUUUUGUCAUUGUUUCUUUUCUAAUAAAGCUGGGAAAAUG